ACCUCCCAGCGGUCGUUGCGGAGAUCCUCCGUCUUUCACGCCGCAGAGAGGACCGCCCGCACCGCCGCCUUUCUCCCCCGAACCGUGUGUGAAUGAAUGCCGGCGGGUUUGUAGGUACCGCUCGGUUACACUGAGAGCAGACGAGCAGAGGGGUCUUUUUUUUCCUCCUCUGGAACCCCUUUUGUUAAAAAUAAAGCGACUUCCGGCGUCGAGGAGACACAAGCUGUCCUUUUUUUUAAAGCCGGUCUUUGAAAACUUACCGCUGCGUUUUUUUUUUUUUUUGAGGCAGAAGGUUCGGCUCUGCAAUUAACUCGUCCUCGCCGGUUCCUUUCUGACAAGCCGCCGCGGCGUGUUUGCUUUGUCGUAAAGUGUGUUUUCAUUGACCGGGAUCGAUCAGCGACUCUCCAGUUGCUGAACACAAUAACAGAAAACACGGCUUCGGCUUCGAGGUAGCAGAGGAGGAGGAAAUCCCCCCCCCGAAACUCAAAGAGGAGGACAUGGAGUCCACCAAAGCUGCAGGAGGCGUGAUCGCCUACAUCAGCUCCUCCACCUCCGGCUCUGGCCCCGAGUCGUGCCACAGCGACUCCUCCAACGGCAGCUGCCAGUCGUCCUCCCCGCCCCGCGGCCCCCCGGCCGGCCGCCACCCGCCGUCUCGGCAGGCGGACGCCGCGCUCGCCGGCGGGGGCCAAGUCCUCCCGGGGCCCCCGAAGAGCGGACGCUCGUCCUCCUCCGCGGCAAAAUGUGGCAUCACAAAAAUCAACGGCCUGGUGCUGCUGUGUAAGGUUUGCGGCGACGUGGCCUCUGGUUUCCACUACGGCGUCCACGCCUGCGAGGGCUGCAAGGGCUUCUUCAGGAGGAGCAUCCAGCAGAACAUCCAGUACAAGAAGUGCCUUAAGAACGAGAGCUGCCCCAUCAUGCGGAUCAACCGGAACCGCUGCCAGCAGUGCCGCUUCAAGAAGUGCCUGCUGGUCGGGAUGUCCAGGGACUCUGUGCGCUUCGGCCGAAUCCCCAAGCGUGAGAAGCAGCGGAUGCUGCUGGAGAUGCAGAGCGCCAUGAACAACAUGAUGAACAGCAGCCAGACGCUACCCAUCGGCAAACCUCUGCCGGCCAGCGCCACAGAACCUACCUCAGAGCACGCCGCCCCCGCCACGGACGCCAGCUCGGCCUCGCCCGGCGCUUCGGACAGCGGGGAGGAGGAGGUGAUCGGCUCGGUGACCCGGGCCCACCAGGAGACCUUCAUGUACAACCAAGAGCGCAGCAGCCUGACCCCCGAGGCCCCGCCCUCUACGGGCCCCCCGAGGAGCGUCCCGGCCGAAGGCGUCACUAACCACCGCACGGAGGAGCGGCAGGCGGCCUGGAGCCACCAGCCCCACAACACGGUCGCCAUGGCGGCGCAGGAGACGCCCUCCAGCCUGCACCCCCAGGGUCAGGACGUCUCCACCCCCCAGUGCCCCUUCAGGCUGGCCAGCCACUGUCCAGCCUACGCUCUUGGAGCUGACGCCUCAGAGGGCCACGCCAACGCCGCCUACGGCGCCCCCCUGUGGAGAGGAGGCAACCGAAUGCAUCUGGUUUGCCCCAUGAACACCUCCCCCCGCGUGGACCCUCAGAAGUCCGGCCACGAGGUGUGGGACGAGUUCUCCCACAGCUUCACCCCCGCCGUCAGGGAGGUGGUGGAGUUUGCCAAGAAGAUCCCGGGCUUCAGAGACCUGACUCAGCACGACCAGGUCAGCCUGCUGAAGGCGGGCACCUUCGAGGUGCUGGUGGUUCGCUUCGUGUCCCUCUUCGACGUGAAGGACCGCACGGUCACCUUUCUGGGUGGGAAGAAGUACAGCGUGGACUCUCUGAGGGCCAUGGGCGCCGGGGACCUCCUCAACUCCAUGUUUGACUUCAGUGAGAAGCUCGUCAACCUGGGCCUCAGCGAGGAGGAGAUGAGCCUCUUCACCGCCGUGGUUCUGGUGUCUGCAGACCGCUCGGGCAUCGAGAACGUGAACUCUGUGGAGGCCCUGCAGGAGACGCUGAUCCGCGCCCUGCGAAGCCUCAUCACCAAGAACCACCCCAACGAGUCGGCCAUUUUCACCAAGCUGCUGCUCAAGCUGCCCGACCUGCGCUCGCUCAACAACAUGCACUCGGAGGAGCUGCUGGCCUUCAAGGUCCAUUCCUGAAGCUCUCCUCCAGUACUCGGCGCCCCGCUAUGUGCCCUAAGAAUUGGGGGGGGGGGGGGGGGGGGGGGCUAUUAGAUGUUAUUGUACUGUAGGGCGUAAAUGCCUGUGUGGUGGUGAUGCAUACAUACAGACACACUGAUUGAUGUACAUGUUCCUUGUGUUUGUGUGUGUGUGUCUCGCUGUAUGUUUGCAGCUGUACAAACAUUAGAAGCACUUUUCUGUGUUUUUUUGCCUUCAUAGUGCAAUAUGUGAUCGCUUUCUUUGGGUUCCAGCGGUGUAUCUUGUGUAUACUUUCAUUAGUCGGAACAGGUGCUGUGCUCAUGUGAUGGGCAGACACCGAAAGACUGUCGAGUUAAGAGUUCUCUUUAAAAAACGUUAAAAACGUGGACGCAAAGCUGCUAAGAGUCCCCUAGAAAUCAUAGGACGCUGUUUGAAUCUGAAGGAAUUGGGGGAGCAAGAGAAGGCGUCGCCCUGCAGAUGAUGACCUGCUGUGUUUACGCCGUCGUUCUGCAUUGAGACGAAUCAUAUCAGUGUCCCUCUGCUGCUCCCCGAUUCGAGCCCAAGCGUCAGCGCUGAUUAACGCUGCGCUGAACCAACGUAGACCCAUUUUCCUUCUUCUGAUUGUUGUUUUUUCUUUAGAAAAGAAGUGAGUCGCUGAGCUGCUGGCGUCCUAGAGGACACGUUGUCAGCGCCUCACUCUUUUCCGUUGUGCGCAGCUGCACAGACUCGCGAUGAGCAGUCGGGGCGAAGAGGACGGACGUCUCCACACGAAUCAUGAUUGUAACGUCACCGAUUGUAAUCCAGAGGCUCGAGGUGGCAGCCGAGUCGCUGAUGCCGAGUCGCUGAUGUCGAGACGUUUCUGCGACGCCAUCUCGUCGUCUCUCGGCCUUCGAAUAAUCCAGAGCUUCUGUCAUUGUGUAAACAUUACCGACGUGUGGUUGUGAAAGGAUUGCAGUAUGCAUAGAUCUCUAUAUAAAUAUAUACAUACAAACAUGCAUAGAUGAAUAUAUCUAUAUAAAUAAAUUUUACAAAUGCAGUUUAUUUGUGAAGUGGUUAUUUGAAAGUGUGUUGUUGUCACUACGUUGAGCAGAAUCAAUAAUCAAUCCAGCGUGCGUUUAAGUUAAAACGCCUUUUGUGUGGCGAAGCACUGUUCAAACCACGAGGAGUUUUAAAAGUAUGAAAUAAUUCGUCCUCGUGUGACUUUGGAAAGCUGUAAAACAAACGAGCGAAAUGUCUUCACCGUUAAUACUGAUUAAUACUAAAGAAUAAAGCAGACUGACACGUG